AUGGGUAUUGUGUUCAUGUUCUCCACUGCUUCUUCGGCUGGGUAUAUUGGGAAUCUCGUGAAUAGCUUACUUGUGCUGCCUCAGUUUGGUACUAUCAUUGGUGGACUGGAUCCCAAUAUAGUUGGUCUGAUAAUUGCUGCCACUUCUCUGGGGGCGUUGAUUUCCUUCGCACCAGCCUCUUAUAUUGCCGAUACAUUUGGACGCAAGAUAUGUGUUUUGGUUGGAUCCAGCAUUGCGAUCGUGGGGGCUAUCAUUCAGACCGCAGUGAAAAACCACUGGGCCUUUUUUGGCACGAGAGUUUUGUCGGGUAUUGGGAUGGGUAUUGCCCAGACUGCAGCUCCUCUCCUGGCAACCGAGAUCGCACACCCUCGCCAGAGACAGACGGCCACGGCACUCUAUAAUGCAUCCUGGAGUUUGGGUGCCAUUAGUUCGGCAGCUGUCACGUAUGCAACCAUCGGCAUAGCAAACAGUUGGUCGUGGAGAGUUCCUUGUCUGCUACAGAUGUAUUAUCCGUUGUUUCAGAUCCUAGGGUUGCUCAUGUUUGUGCCCGAAAGCCCGAGGUGGCUCAUAUCUAAGGGCCGGAAAGACGAAGCCCUGGCUGUCCUGGGGAAGUACCACGCGAAUGGAGACACAGAGGACGAGCUGGUCCAGUAUGAGUAUCGUUUGAUAUGCAACACGAUCACAGCCGAGAUCACUAAUACCAGAAAUUGGAGCUCCUUCUUCUCUUCCAGAGGUAAUAUGCAUAGAUUGGCCAUCUGUGUGUUAGUUGGGCUUAUGCAAGAAUGGGCUGGAAAUGGUCUCUUGUCAUACUAUCUCGCGCCGAUUCUCGGAUCAGUGGGAAUUACCAAGGCAUCGGACCAAGCAGCCGUGAACGUCAGUCUUAAUGCCUGGAACUUCCUCCUUGCGGCAGCCGGUGCACUUGCAUCGGAGCGGUACGGCCGCCGCAUUCUAUGGCUUAUUUCCACAGGGGCCAUGAUCGUCUUCCUGUCAAUGUCUACACUAGCCGCUGGUUUAUUUGCCGAAAGAAAUCUCCACGCUGCAGGAAUAGCUGUAGUUCCACUCCUAUUUCUCUUUUUUGGCGCAUACGAUAUCGCCUAUGCGCCUUUGUUCAUCUCGUAUCCAGCUGAGAUCCUACCCUUCCAACUGCGAGCUAAGGGUAUUGCUGUCACCCUGUCGGUAGAUGCUGUGGCAUGUUUCUUCAACCAGUAUGUCAACCCAGUGGCGUUCACGGCGAUUGCAUGGAAGUAUUACUGUGUCUUUCUCGGUUGCCUGGUAGUGUUUUUGGUUCAUAUAUACUUCCUCUUCCCCGAGACAAAAGGGCGGUCUUUGGAAGAGGUUGCUAUGAUUUUCGACAAGGAAAAGGAAUGGGAGGGUGACAGUAAAAAGACAGAGACAAGAUAG